AUGUCGGGUCCAAUUCCGUCAAUGGCUCCAGGCCAGCCAACCUACGUACCCGUCGACUCUUCCUCCGGCCUCUGGGAGCGGUUAACACAUUGGGCCUCUGAGAACAAGACCGUCGUCUACACCAUUGCAGGUGUUGGUAUUGCUGUGACAGGUGCCGGCGUUAUUUACUACCUCAAUGACAACAGCGGCAAAGACACAACACCAAAGUUGAGCAAGAAGGAGAGGAGAAAGCGAAAGGAAGCCGAUCGCAAAGCUGAUAAAGAAGCGCCCUCAAGUGGCCCCUCUCAACCCAAGCCUGCUUCUGCCGAGAGCGAGCCCGAGCUGCCCGAGGUCGAUGAAGAAACUGUCUCUAGCCUCACCCAAGAACAGCGUGAAGAGUAUGCCGCCAAGCUGAAACAGGCUGGCAACAAGGCCUAUGGCGAUAAGUCAUAUAACAAGGCCAUCGACCUCUACUCUAAAGCCAUUCUCUGCAAGGCCGACCCUGUCUUCUACUCCAACCGGGCAGCCUGCCACAGCGCUAUGAGCGAAUGGGACCAGGUUAUCGAGGACACCACUGCCGCUAUCAACAUGGAUCCUGAGUACGUAAAGGCCAUCAACCGCCGUGCUACUGCCUACGAGCACCAGAAGAAGUACUCCGAGGCCCUCCUCGAUUUCACGGCCUCAUGUAUCAUCGACAACUUCAAGAGCGAGUCUACGGCCCAGGCUGUCGAGAGACUUCUCAAGACUUUCGCCGAGCAAAAGGCCAAGGAGAUGAUGGCUUCCCGACCACCUAAGCUGCCCAGCCCCAUCUUUGUCGGCAACUACCUUCAAAGCUUUCGCCCUAAGCCUCGCCCCGAAGGCCUUGAGGACUCGGAAGAAUUGGACCCUGAUACUGGUAAGGGACAAGUGCAGAUUGGACUCCAAGCUCUGGAGAAGAAGACUGGCGAUGGCUAUGAAGAGGCUCGCCAGGCUUUCGAGAAGGCUCUAGAGCUCGGCGAUCUGGGUGAGCACGAGGCGCUUGCUUAUAACAUGAGGGGUACAUUCCGGACCUUGCUAGGCAACCAUGCCGAAGCAACACAGGAUUUCGACAAGAGCAUCGAGCUCGACCCCUCUAUGACACAGAGCUAUAUCAAGCGUGCCAGCAUCAGCCUGGAGCUGGGUGAGCCUGAGAAGGCCGAGGCUGAGUUUGCCAAGGCUCUCGAGCAGGAUAAGAACGACCCCGAUGUCUAUUACCACCGUGCUCAGGCCCAUUUCAUCAAAGGAGACCUUGCCGAUGCCCAGAAAGAUUACCAGAAAUCGAUCGACCUUGACAAGGACUUCAUCUUCUCCCAUAUUCAACUCGGUGUCACCCAGUACAAGAUGGGCUCAAUUGCUUCGUCCAUGGCUACUUUCCGACGCUGCAUUAAGAACUUCCCUAAGGUACCUGAUGUCUACAACUACUAUGGAGAAUUGCUCCUCGACCAGGGUAACUUCUCUGAAGCUGUCGAGAAGUUCGACACGGCUAUGGAGAUGGAAAAGCAGACUAAGCCCAUGUCAAUGAACGUCUUGCCCUUGAUUAACAAAGCUCUGGCUCUGUUCCAGUGGAAGCAAGACUUUAAGGAAGCUGAGGCUCUUUGCCAGAAGGCCCUUAUUAUCGACCCGGAGUGCGAUAUCGCAGUCGCUACCAUGGCUCAGCUUCUCCUUCAACAGAACAACGUCCCUGCUGCUCUCAAGUAUUUCGAGCGCGCGGCCGAGCUCGCUCGAACUGAGGGUGAGAUUGUCAACGCCUUGUCAUAUGCCGAGGCAACCAGAACACAAGUUCAAGUCACAGAGAAGUACCCAAAGUUGGCAGCCAAGUUGGCAGGUGGUGCUGGACCCGGUGGCCUUCGUAUGGGUCCCCAAUAA